AUGGAGCGUUUCUCUACUGCCUUCGAACUACCCCGCGACGUUUGGUCAGCCAUAGCCAUUAAAGUCGCGACGACAUCGAUUAAGGAUCUGUGCAGGUUCCGUAUGACGUGUUGCGUUGCGCGCAAUGUAGGCGAGGAGGAUACUGUGCUCAGGAUGGUUUCCAUACCAGUCCCGAAUGACAUGAAUUGGUUGUGGCUACGGGACCCUAUUGGGCGAAGAUUUUUUGAGAGGUACAUUGAGGUUGGUCACCCGGAACUUAUGUUUCGGGAGGCGCUGCGGGAGCUCUACAUACGACGUAACCACCCCGUCGGUUGGAAAAUGCUGCAGAAUGCAGCAAGAAACGGGUUGGACGCUGCCAAGUACGCACUUUCAAUGGAGUUGCUCAUCCGAAGGAACGACAGCGACGCCAAAAGAGAAGGUUUGGAAAUAUUUCGCACGCUCGAAGCGGGUAACUUACUCUCCGCAUGUUACUCGAGUUGCUUUGCAGUCCUCACAAUUUCUUGGCCGGAUGAAGUUCAGAUGCCGGAAAAGGUAGAAGAACAUACUGUCUGUGACUCGACUAGAUGCUUGACCCGGGGCCACAUGGGUCUUCUCUAUGACUACCGCCGAAGGGCGACAAAACGGGGCUCCGUCCACGGUGUCGGAGGCGCCGACCAUAUCCGGUGCAUUCGCUGUCGCGUCGACUACGAGGUGGAAUGA